CAUAAUCAGACGAUAAUUUCCCUAAAUCCAAGUUCCAAGGUCAAACAAACACAAAAAAAUUAAAUAAAUAAAUAAAUAAAAUUGUACUAACAAAAACAAUUUCAAAGGAGACUAAAUUUGAAAUGAGGAUUGAAGGUCGGAGAUGAAGUGAAAUGGAGCAAAAUGAAGGAAUGGGUGGUGGCGCCACUUGGUGGAGCGGCGGAAUAGAAGAGCAAUAUUACUGGGGUGCAGCGAGUUUGGCUCAGUUGGGAUGGGCCAUUUCGUCUUUCCGUCGAGGCUAUGCCGGAGAUUCUCGUCUGAUGCCCAUUAAAGCCUUCGGCAUCGCCUCUCUCUUCCUCGGCUCCGUCGCCACUGCCACCAUGGGUUCCCUCAGAGCUUCUGGCAUCCGUUCCUGGCUGAGUGUUCUUCCAUGAAGGGUUUAUUCAAUACGCUUUGCUUGUUUGUACGGGAAGGGACGAGGAUCAUCCUUCCUAUCACUAGGAAAUAAUUUUCCACUUUCUGCAUUUUGUGGAUUACGCUCCACAUUUCUGCUUGGUUUUGUUUCCUGUAUUUCAAGCUCUGUACCUUUUUUUUGUUAUCGGUGGAAUUGCUAUCAUCUUCUAGAAUUUGAACUAUUUCUCGGUUCUGACAGGCUAAAUUUGCUGAAGUUCUUAUGUUUUUGCCUUAAAAAUCUGUUUCAUAAAGUUGAGGAGCUAGCUUUUCGAUUGCUCUUGAGACCAUAACCAUUUAUGCAUCGUAGCAAUUUCCAAGAGUACUUGCUUUUAUAUUGCACAGUUACACAUGCAAACAUGCUCAAACGCAUAGAUUAGGUGGAAAUAAGGUUAGAAUGAUGGGAUGUGAUGUUCGAUCUUGUGUAUCAGUAGAGAUGUGAAAAGCGCCGCAAAAGGAUUGCCUUGACUUAAGCUCUAAAAUUAGUCUCUACUGUUUUAGAGUGUGCUAGAAAUCUCUGAUUAUGUAAAGGUUCAAAAAUUGUCCUUCCAAUUCUCUAUUGUACAUUAAAUCUUUGUCAACCCCUGGGAUUUUGUGAUUUGGAUAUAGGCUUUGCAAUCUCGUGUUGAGCCAGUGCUGUGUUCUUUGUCGUCUGCUGGUUGAUGAUCUAAUUGAGAUCUCGAAAGUUUGAGUUCAAGAUCUUGCAAUAAUUAUCUACUAUAGCCAAAGCAGAUUUCACUUGAAGCGUGCUUUAUUGUUGAAUUUGUUGUUAUAUAGAUUUGAGAUUGAAGGUCAACUUUGAGAUCUUCCAAUAAUAACCUAUUGUAACGAAAGCAGAUUUCAGUUGACGCGUCCUUUUUAUUGCUGAAUUUUUGUUAAAUAGAUUUGUGAUUGAUGGUUAACUUUUCUCCUGUCUUCGGAAAUUAUUCAUUUUAGUUUGGGACUUUGAGGUGGACAUUGCCCAUAUCAACCUGUCUGCUCGUUUCGGGAUUGUUGCUGCUGAAUAAUUGUCUUAUAAGUCUGCUUUAGAGUAUGGGGGAACCUUGGUGGAACUCAGACCAGCAUGCUUUAACGCUUAAUUGGAUGCCAUCGCCAUUUAGGUGAUUCAUUUGUACGAUAUAAUAGUUUGUUUAUGCUAUCUGACUGAGGCAAAAUUUUUAGGUGGAUGAUAUGAAGGCUUUAGGAGAAAAUAUAAGGACAAGCCUUGGCGCACGGCCAAGAUCACAGAAAGAGGAAUCUUCGGGGACUGAUUAAUAAUGGGUUGCCAUGGUCCUGUCCGUUCUCAUUUCUGGUGUUGUGUUCUCUAGUAGUCUCAGUUCUUCCCUUCCUGAAUUGGCUUUCUCAUUGAUUUUCGGCUCUCUUGUUUGACUAGGUAUGCAAAAAAAAACUGCUACACGAGAGUUAUUUAUUUCGUUUAGCAGUCUUUUACUACAAUUUUUCUUUGGCAGUGUUAGCUAACCUACAAACCAUUAUUGUAUUUAAUAAUAAAUCUUAUUCUUAGUAUUUCCUACUUACUUAUUACUCCGAAAAUGAGGUAGAUGAC